UCUGAAACGUGGUGGGGGCAGAAGCGCAUCCUUUCGGUCAAAGCCUACCACACUACUAACUAUACGAUACGGGUUUAUUUACAAACAUACUGUGAAGCUUUGAAAAGUAAGAAAGAGCUUUCUACAGGUUGACCUCUGACUAUAAGAAGGAAGCGGGUUUUUAAACUUGCUUUAAGGUAUAUAUUGUGUACAAGAGAAUCGAAGAGUUUGAUCUGUUUUUUUAUAUAUAUUGUUCAGGAUGCCACUCGAGUGGGGAUAUAAUCAAGAAAACGGGCCAGAAAAGUGGCCACACACUUACCCAGAAGCAGCAGGCACCAGGCAAAGUCCAAUUGACAUCAAACCAGUAGAUCUUAAAACACUUAAUUCAAACAGGAAACUUUCUUGGAAAUAUAUUCCAGAACAUACCAAUGAGGUGUCCAAUCCUGGUUACUGCUGGAAAGUGAGUGUCGAUGGAAGAGGUUCUGAAUUAUCUGGAGGACCUUUGGAAGGAACGUAUGUGUUGGAACAGUUCCAUUGCCAUUGGGGUAAAACGAAUAAUGAGGGAUCUGAACAUACGAUUAAUGGGAAGAAAUUUGCUGGCGAAUUACACUUGGUGCACUGGAACUCCACCAAAUACUCCAGUUUUGAAGCGGCAGCAAAACAUUCAGAUGGAUUAGCAGUACUAGGAGUAUUCCUCAAACCAGGUAAAAAGCACAUGGAACUAGACAAGAUCGUAAAUCAACUGAGCAAGAUUCAGUAUCGUGGUGAAAGUGCUAAAAUCCUAGUACCAAUCAACCCUGGAGCACUUCUUCCUGAGGAUAGUGGCUACUACACUUAUCAGGGUUCUUUGACAACACCCCCAUGUUCAGAGUGUGUCAUUUGGAUUGUUUUUAAGGAACCUGUGGAUAUAUCGCAGGAGCAGCUUGAAGCCUUCAGAAGCCUCAGGUGCUACAGCUCAGAAGACAUUUGCCCCUGCGACGAGUUCAAGGGGUUCGUAAAAACCAAUUUCAGACCAACCCUGCCAUUAGGACAAAGAGAGGUUAAGGAAUGCCGACAGUGAAUCACCUCAAGAAGAGAAGUGAAGACAAAGAAAAGAAGCAAAGUGAAGAACAAAUUCAAGAAUAUUUUUCCAAGACCAAUCAGAAUAUUCCUUGUUUAUUUUCUGAUCAUUCAAGGUUAAUAGAGUAAAAAUAUUCCAUGAAUAAAUGCAUUCUUGUAGUAGAUAUUCUGAUUCUAUAAUCAAAUGUUCCUAGAAUACUCAUGGAACGUCUAUUUCGGUCUGGGAUAAUAUUAUUUUUACAAGAGUUUGAUCUGUUAAGGUAUAUCUUUAGCACAUAGCUUUAACAUAUAAUAGGUAUAUAUUAUACAGGUCUUUUUUGUUAGAUGCCUGCAAUGCACGUGCAAUUUUGGUUGUUAAGAAGCAAAAUGUGAUAGAGAGUAAGCUGUGCAAUUAAAUUAUAUUUUUCAAGCAUAUAUUUAAACGCGAUGGGCGUGCCUUAAUAUUGUUAGACGUAAGUGCUUACGUAGAGUAUAUUAUGUUUAUGUAUCGCGACUUCCGAUAUAAUUAAAAGGUGAUUAUCCCAAGCAGUA